AUGUUUUCUUUGCGAGCCUUGUGGCAGUUCUUCCUAUCGGCCUUGCUGGUGCAGUCUGCAUUGGCCGACACCUUCACAAAUCCCUUAAAGAAUCCCAAUGGCAGUGAUCCGUUCAUUGUCUACGUCGACGGCUAUUACUACCUAAUCACGACCACGUGGACCGAUCUUCAACUUACUCGCUCUCCGACUCUGGAGGGCUUGAAGGCAGGUGAGAACAAGGUUGUGUGGAAGGACGACAAUCCGAACCGCUGCUGCAGUGUGUGGGCACCGGAGAUUCAUCAGAUCGACGGAACAUGGUAUCUAUACUACACGGCCGGAAGCUCCGACACCCUCGACAACCAGCGCGCGCACGUCCUGAAGGGUGGCUCCAAUCCCUGGGACGCAUACGAUUACCUCGGUCAGCUCACUACCGAAUGGGGCAUUGACGGAACCGUCCUCGUCGUCGACUCGCAGAACUACUUUAUUUGGUCCUGCAUGGAAGACGGCAUCCAGUCUAACUGCAUCGCCACUCUUGACACUCCCUCGACGAUCGGCGAGAAGCACAUUCUCUCGCAGCCGCUCGAGGACUGGGAACGAGUCGAAGCCCCAGUCAACGAGGGUGCCGCUCCCCUGUACCAUGACGGAAAGAUCUGGGUCGCCUACUCGGCCUCCUAUUGCUGGACCGCCAACUACUCGCUCGCUCUCCUGACGUACGAUGGUGCUGGCGAUCCGCUGGACAGCGACUCGUGGACCAAGUCGGCUGGUCCGUUGUUCACGUCUGCCAAUGGAAACUACGGAACCGGACACAAUGGAUUCUUCACCAGCCCUGACGGCUCUGAGAUAUGGAAUGUAUUCCAUGCCACUUCGGCUAGCGAGGGUGCUUGCGAUAGCAAUCGCUACACUAUGGCCUUGAAGGUGGAGUGGAACGAAGAUGGAACGCCGAGUUUGGGAGAGGCCCCAGAGCUGUCAGAUGUUCUGGAGGGCCCUUCGGGGGAAUAG